AUGUUCCGAGGCCACCGAGCUUGGUUCUCGCAGAGCGUCAGCCCUGGCCCGCGGGAGCUGUGGGCGGCCGGUGGCGGGGUGCUGGCCCCCUGGCGCGAUGCCGACUACCUCUUCAGCAGUGAUGCUUCACACCCGGACACCCGCAGAAUACACGAGAGCCUGGAUUACCUGGAGGGCAGAGCCACCGUCUUCCACUCCCAAUACCUCUCAGCAGGGGAGAGCACCAGCAUGGGAGCCAAGCUGUCAGUGGUGCUGGGCCACUUUGUCCUGCCACCUGCCUGCAUGCAAGAAGAAAUCAGGAGGAAGAUUGGUCGCUUCAUUUGGGAGCAGGCAGAGGAGUCCCAGCCCAGUGACACCCUGGGGGCGGAACCGGAGGCGGUGAGGAAAGGCUCUGAGGAAGAGGCCGAGGAGGGUGUGCGAGACCUGGCUGAGAGCAGUGAGGAGGAAAAUGGCUCCAGGACACCUUCCCAGGAGGAAUUCCUGUACCAUGCCCUGCGGGAGUACCCCAUGAACAACAUGGUGACAGGCUAUGCCUCCGCUCGGGACCUGAAGCAAUACAGGGGAGAGCUCCGCGAUUUCACGCCCGGCUCCUCGGGCUACGCCGCCUACUUCGUCCGGAAGGAAAUCAGCCUCUGCUAUGACGGCAAGGGCAGGACCAGGAGAGGACGUUAA